GCGCGCGGUGGGCGAGCCAUACUUCUUGCGAACAAGCUGCUUCACCGAGCGCGGGACCUUUCUUCCUACCCAACACUUCUCUUUUGUGUCUUUCAUACUAUCCUUUACUGACCAUGUCGGAUCGAGAAUUCAGCUCAAACGACGACUUGUCGCUUCCCAAAGCGACGGUCCAGAAAAUCAUCACCGAAAUCCUUCCGCCUUCCUCCGGCCAGACUUUCUCCAAGGAUGCUCGCGACCUGCUAAUGGAAUGCUGCGUCGAAUUCAUCACUUUGAUUUCCUCCGAAGCCAACGAUAUCAGCGAAAAAGAGGCCAAGAAGACGAUCGCUUGCGAACAUGUCGAGCGCGCCCUGCGCGACCUCGGCUUCGGUGACUAUAUCGCGGAUGUCUUGGCUGUCGCGGAAGAACACAAGGAACAACUGAAGUCCCGAGAGAAGAAGCAGAGCAAGAUGGAACAAAGCGGCUUGUCCGAAGAAGAGCUACUCCGGCAGCAGCAGGAGUUGUUCCGUUCCGCGACUGAGAAGUAUCACGCCGCUCCGGAGUAAAGCAACGAAUUCGCAUGAAAUAUG